AUGGCCUCUUAUCCAGUGGUGAAUUUCACUUCUGUAUAUGUUAAGAAGGAGCUAGAGACGCUAGAAAAAUCCUUUGCCUUUGGUGCAAAUCUGGAUAUGGAUUUACUGGGGAUAGAAAUCGAUGACAAUACGCUGAUUCCUGGAUUAGCUGUUGCAUCUUCACGGGAACCUGGAGUAAUGGAAGCCGAGAUAGAGAGCUAUGGAACUGAACAUGUGCUUAAACGCAUCCUUAUAGAAUCCAGACCCGGCCCUCUUCGUUUUCCCAAGUCCGAGCCAUUCGGUCCUAAAAGCUCCCCUUGCCCAUUGCCACAAUGGUUAACCCAGGAAGACCUUAACUACAACCUUCAAAAAUUUCAACAGAAAGGCUUCACAGGACCAUUAAACUACUAUCGUGCCUUAGAUCUGAACUGGGAGCUUACAGCGCCAUGGACUGCGGUAAAAAUACGAGUACCAGUGAUAUUUGUAGUAGGGGAUAAAGAUCCCCUGUACACUACACCGGGGACGAAGGCAUAUGUGCAGGGUGGUAUGUUCAAAAAUGAUGUGCCAUUGCUUCAACAGAUUGUUGUGUUGGAAGGUGCACUGAAAUUGAAAUGUUUUUUUUUUGGUACUGAAAUUGUAAUUUGGCAGCAACAUAUCUUUCAUUUUGUUGCAAAGUGAGGCUUUAUUUAAGGAGU